CACUCAUUCUCUUACUGUUCGUGUGUUUAUUCGCGCUUAACCUUCUUGUUUUGUGUGGCUACUUAUGUUAAUAAGGGAAAGAAAUAUGUGCAAGCUGUUUGGAGCGAGUCGGUUACAGAAGUGGAUCCUUGAAUGAAACGCUUGACAACAAAUAUAAACAAAGGCAGAAAUCUCUCAAGACUGUGCGAUUCUCAAGUUCAAACUAAACACGAGUUAUGGCAAAUGUUCCCUAGGUGUGUCCGGAUGGCCCAGCAGGAAGCGCGACUGGCUACGCCUGAAGACCUGUCCACAAGAACCCAAGAAUGACGUCAAGACCUGACCCGCCCGAUGGAAUGGUCUCUCGCGAUGUCUUCUGCUGCGCCCUUGAACACUGCUGCCUUCGCAAGACACGGUGUAAAUCUUUCUUUAAAUAAUGCCAGUCGGGGUAUACACACCGCCUUUGAAGGACUGGCUAACUGGCAUAAGAAAAGUUCUGAAAUACUUGAAAAUCAGUGGACAUACAUUCUUUGACUGAACGUUAUUUGAACUCAAGACUUUUGAUCUGAAGACGAAGACAGAAAGUAUCUCACGAUGUGUGAGGGCUAUCAGUUCAACCUCGUCUUCGACUUCGAGUGGAUCAACGGGACUCUGGUGCCCACCGUGAGGCCCGUCCUGAAACCCUGUCCUGAGGAUCCUCGGCCCAUCAUCGCCGGGGUGUUCCUCUCUCUCAUCUUCGUCGGGGCGUUCUUGCUGAACAUGGUGGUGGUGGUGACGGUGGCGACGAGUUACACACUCAAGAGGUUCCUCUAUUGCCAUAUCCUCAUCAACCUCUGCGUUACGUGCAUGAUCGACUGCAUCUUCAACCUCACCAUCUCCAUCGGCUAUGUGACGUCGGCGCCCUGGAGGUUCGGGUACUCAAUGAGCUUCUUCAAUGGCUUCACGAUCAAUAUGCUUAACAGCGAAAUGGGGUUCGCCGUUUUGCUGUUGGCCAUCGAUCGACUCGCUGCAGCCAAGAAGUAUACGCGUUACCUAAACCUGAAUGAAUGCAAAAUAGGGCUGGUGAUUGGCUUCACGUGGGUGGUUGCCUUUGCGCUGGCUUCACCCAUCGCGUGUGGCUUCAUCUUCAGCAUACCUUAUAGGAAUAGGUAUUCCUGUUCGGUCGCGGACCCACACGAUGAUUAUUACCUGAUCGUCCACUUUAUCUUGGUCGUUGUUUUCUCCACCAUAACCUUGAUCGUCCUUAUGGUGAUCACGUCCGUGACCUUCCAUCGGGAACGCAGGAAACAAAAAAAGAUCAAAGGCAACCAGACAAUGGGCUAUUUCGACCAAAUCCUGAUGACGCCUUAUUUUAGGACCGAGUUUUAUCCCGCGGUUUUCUCCAUCUGCAUCACAGUGGCCUACUUGCUUCUGUGGCUUCCCUUCACCGUGACCACGACCAUCGGGCCCAUGAUCUCGCAGCACUGGGCGAACGAGACAACCGAAGAGUCGAACAGUGAUUCUUACAGCAUCUUUGACCCAAAGGAUCGAGACGGGAUCAAGAGACGGGCGAUGCUGGACGAGAGUCAACUGUUUUCCCUCAAUAACACGAUGAGUCCGAAUGUGACUUCUGAAAUGGCCAGCAAGAUGAACAACAUGACCAUGAACGAAAAUCUCAUUCCAGAGGUCGUCGACACACCUGUCUCCGACACGGUGUUCAUAUGGUUCCGUUAUAUCUUCGAUAUUGUAGUGCCAAUUCUAGUAUUCAUAGUCUUGAAGGAUGUGCGGGCCAAGUGCGAAAGCCUCAUAAUGUGCUGUAGGCCCAACUCCGUUGACGUGGCGUCGCCCAAGCCAAUGAGGCCUCCUUAUCUGAAGCAGAUGUCGACUCCCGGCACGGCGGAAAAGGAGUCGGGAUCCAAGCCAAAGAAGCAGAAGGGCAGCGGCAAGAACACCAUCGGAUUCAAAACGCCAAUUCUAUUCGCCACCUCCGAGGGCCUGCACAUUAGGACGGUGGAGGAGACUUACCUUGACAUGAUUGACAACAAGCCCCUCAUAGGCUUCAGUCGGCAGAACACGUCCGAACCUGUCUUUACCUACGAUUUAUGCGACGUCAUGCUCGGCUACGAAGACCUCACGGACUUCGACGGGCAGUACCACAUCGACGACGACGACAACUACGACAGGGACUCCAUCGCGGCGGACCUGGCCCAGAGCAACCCUGUGGUGAUGGGCGCCAACAGGGCCGCCAUGGGCCAGAAGCCACAGAUCAUCAGCGAGGACGAGGACGACAUUCCUCCCGACGUGGAGAUCCGGCCGCCGACGCCGCCGAAAGUUCAGAUCGUCGGAAACGAACCGGCCGUGAACCUCGGCGACGACGUGGACGUGGACGCCAAGAGAAACAAGAAGGGCAAGAAAGUGGUGAGGUUCGCCACGAUGCUGAACGAGGAAAUCCCCCGCCUGGACAGUCCCGACAGCAGCUCCCUCCUCGACUCCUCCAGCGCCAGCGCCGGCUCCAGCGACUCCGGGAUCAUGGCCGACAACGAGCGCUCGUCCGCCACCCCUCACGACGAGGACAGGAAACCUAGGUUCAGCGUGAACCGGAGCCGGAACGCCCAGAGGUCUCCCGCGGGUUCCGAACCGAACCCGCCUCCGAGGAGGCCUCAGCCACCCGCCAAGAAGGGCCCCUCGGCGCCCAAGAAGGUCAUCGCCUCGAAGGUUCGGAACAUCAAGAGUCGACACAUGCAGAACAUGAACGGCUCGCUCUCGUCGCUGGAGGGGCAGUCCGCGCAGGCCGGCAGAAGGUUCUCCAAGCCCGGAGCGAAGCCCGAGAGCUCAUCUUCGUCCAAGAACGCCCCGAAAAGAUAGCAGAAGGGGACACCCCAGCCUGCAGAUUUUGGGCCGCGUGCGACAGAGCAACCCGACAGACCGAAGUGGAGAGACUGAGGACUCGGGUGUCUCUUGGAAGCCUCGCGGAGCCAACUUUCAGGCGGGUGUCCAAGGAAGGCUGCGGGGGUUUGGCAAUAGGGUUUCCUCCGGGCGAUGAUGCAGGUGAAGACAGCAGCGGUGGACUCGUGAGAAAUACAGCAUGCGAAGAAAGGAACAAAGUGUAUAUGUAUAUUUAUAUAUAUGUAUAUAUAUGUAUAUAUGUAUACAUACACACAUAUAUGUGUGUUUAUAUAUAUGUAUAUAUGUAUGCAUGUAUGUAUGUAUGUAUGUAAGUAACAAAGAUUAUUCGCCAAGCCGUCGGAAAGACAAUAAUCAUAUAUCAUCGUAAUUUCUGAACACGGUGCCAGAAAGCUUGCAGGCUUACCCAUUUUACCCUUGUGACAUCAAUAGCAACACGCACCAAGUUGCACGGAAACUGAACAAUGUAUGUGUCAAAUGACGUCGGCACCAGGAGUGUACUGGCACCAGCUAAUGCCUGCAACUUGUGGAGAAAAAGUCUGUACCCAGAGCUCAUAUAUGAAUAUAUUUCUUCUUAUAGUGAUGUGGUAAAAAGGCGAUGAAGAAUAAUGAUAAUCUAUAAAGAUAUUGAAUUGUGAUAGAAAAUUGGCACCAUCCAUACAGUAUUGGUAUACCUUUUCCCCUUAAUGAUUAUGCGGUUUCACGAAGGAUAUAGUAUAUGAUAUUUCCUGCAGCAUGCAAAAUUGCAAAUCAUUAAACAUGAUAAUAUACAAUGUUUGUGAAAACUCACCUAAAUUCUUCACAUUUCACGAAGGAAAUAUAAAAGCACAUCACUCGGUCGGGUUCAGUCACAUAAACACCUGACAUGUAUGAAUGUUUUAGUCGAAAAUAUACUGUAAUCUUAUGCUGAAGUAAGGUUCAUAUUAUAUUACUAUUCUUUGGUGAUACAGUGCGAUGGUGCCUGUUAUAUGUACCGGUUGUUUUAUGCCGAAGAGUUGAUAUUUUAUGAUAAGCGAAUGCUAAUGAAGAAGUACGAUAUUCAACGCACAGUGCAAUGACAAUCGCAAGGAUGUUGCUAGUCAUUGAAUCAUGUGAUAAACAUUCGAAUUUUAGAGGAGAAAGAAGGAGUCUUGAGUUGUUGCCAAUCAUUAUGUUUAGUUGAACUUUACUAAAGGAGAGAUGAUAUAUGUGAUGUGGGUGAAGGUCGUAACCUUGAAUCUCAACAAUUUACUGAAUGUACAAAUAUGUGUGAUUAAAAUAAUAAACACUCUUAAAGAGAA